AUGUCAGAGUUAAGAAACCAAUCAGCAUUUUCUUACCCUUCACCAGCAACAAACACUUUACCGAGAACUGACAUAUCACUUCGAGAAAUAUUAGAUACAUACCGUGAUAAUAAUGAUCUGUUGAAACAGAUUCUUAAUGCUAAAGUUGAAGAAGAUAAAGCAAGUAUUUUACUCUUUGAUUAUUAUUUUCUACUUGAUCGUCGAGCAGAAGAAGAAAAAUAUAAAACAGAACAAUUACGGUUACAAUGUAAACAGGUUGAUUUAGAGAUGUUAAAAGAACAAAAGAAGCCUCCAACAAUUUAUACUGGAGUUCCACCAAUAAACACAUCUACACCAGGAUUCAACGUAAAAUCUCCCUCAGACAUGCAUAGUCCAUAUUUACCUAUGCCACAACCGAUGGAUACAAAUUAUUCAGCAACAACACCAACAAGUGCAACAACGCGUUUAUCGCCUCCUUCAUCAGCCACUGGACAUGAUAAUGUAUCUUAUAAUGGGAUUUCAAAUUCACACAAUCAUUCCUACAGUUCAAUGAGUCAGCGCCCUUCUUUAACACUCUCAAUUCCAUCAUUUCCAAUUAUAACCGCAUCUCCAACCGCUAUGCAUAAUCAUUCAUUUUCUACUCCUACCAGCAGUAUACCAGAACAUCCACAUUCUGCAACAUCUACACACCAUCAUUAUUCACAAAGUCCCACGUCCGUUACAAAUAAACGUGCUAAACUUUCAAACGAAACUGAAGUAGAUCAUGAAUAUGUGAUGGAAGCUUUAAGGCAGAAAGUUCAAAGAAAUCAAGAAAAUCCCGCAAAAAAAUUUAUGACUGUCUUAAAGCCUAGGAGUUCUAUACCAUCACCGGUGGAUUCAUCUCCUUUGAUUCAUUCACCGAUUCCUCCUCAAUUACCGCCUAUGAAUGUUCAUUCUCCUAGCAUGAAUCAAGAACAAGUCGCAAAAACUAUUUUAUUAUCAUCAUGUUAA